AUGUUUGAAUUAUUCAUAUUCGCUGCCGUAGCAGCUGUAGCCAGCGCCGGAGUUCUCCCCGCACCAGUUUCUCAUGGAUACUCUGCAGGAUACGCCGCACCAGCCGUAGCCCCUGUAGCAUACGCCGCCCCCGUCGUAGCAAAGACCUUAGUGAAAACCGUAGAAUACGAAGCACCAGCCCAAUACAGCUACGGAUACUCCGUGCAGGAUCCUUUGACCGGAGACUCCAAGAGCCAGCACGAGACCCGCAACGGUGAUGCCGUACAAGGAUCAUACUCCUUGGUCGAUGCCGAUGGCCAUCAACGUACCGUCGACUACACCGCCGAUGACGUGCACGGUUUCCAAGCUGUUGUCCGCCGUGAACCCCUGCACGUGAAGGUCGCUGCUCCAGUCGUAGCCAAAGUAGCUGCUCCAGUUGCCUACGCUGCACCAGCACACUACGCUGCACCAGCACACUACGCCGCACCAGUCGUUGCCAAAACCGUAGCUUACGCCGCUCCAGCUCACUACGCCGCUGCUCCAGUGCAUUACGACUCAUACCACCAUUAA